CCUCCCCAGCGCUACCGCUACCGCCGCCCCCGAGGACUGUGUGGAGUCAAGUCGCGGCGAGCCGAGGCUUGAGGGAGGCGGUGGCUUCCGCAACGAGCAAAAGAGUACUCUGCUCCCUGGAGUCCAGAAGGCUAACAUGUUACCAGACUCUAAAAAGUUUGGGGAGAGGGAUCCCCAAGAAGACCCAUCUGUCACUCUCUUCCGGGAAUACCUGAGGAUCAAGACAGUCCAGCCUCAGCCUGAUUAUGAAACGGCAGUAAAAUUCCUGGAAAGAAUAGCUUCUGAACUUGGUCUACAGUGUCUGAAAGUGGAGGUCUGCCCUGAUCGUGUGAUCACCAUUCUGACUUGGAAAGGCACAAACCCACAACUCAGCUCCAUCUUACUGAAUUCUCAUACAGACGUUGUUCCCGUGUUUGAGGAAUAUUGGCAGUAUGAUCCUUUUUCUGCUUUCAAGGACUCUGAGGGAAAUAUCUAUGGACGGGGAGCUCAAGAUAUGAAAUGUGUAUCCAUCCAAUACCUAGAAGCCAUACGGAGACUGAAAGCUGAAGGAAGACAUUUUCCACGAACCAUUCAUAUGAGCUUUGUCCCAGAUGAAGAGAUUGGGGGCCACAAGGGGAUGGAACUGUUUGUGAAGACUCCUGAGUUUGCGGCACUUAAUGUUGGCUUUGCCCUGGAUGAAGGCCUGGCAAACCCAACAGACACUUUCACUGUAUUCUAUGGCGAGAAAUGCCCAUGGUGGAUUAAAGUGAAAGUAGAAGGGAAUCCGGGACAUGGAUCCAGAUUCAUUGAAAAAGCUGCUGAAAAGAUGCACAGAGUGAUCACUUCUUUCCUAGAAUUCAGAGAACAUGAAAAGCAAAGAUUGAAAACAGAGGGACAUCUCACUUUAGGAGAUGUAACAUCCGUGAACCUGACCAUGUUGAAUGGAGGUGUAUCAUUCAAUGUGGUCCCCUCUGAGCUCUCUGUUGCCUUUGACAUCCGACUCCCUCCCACAGAGGACUUAAAGGCAUUUGAGGAGCAAUCCUCAACUUGGUGCAAAGCUGCUGGAGAAGGUGUUACAUAUGAGUUCCAGCAGAAAUACACGGAUCAGACAGUUACCUCCACAGAGGAAUCUGAUCCCUGGUGGAAGGCAUUCAGUGACACCUGCAAAGCCAUGAAUAUGAAGCUGAAGUGUGAGAUCUUCCCUGCUGCCACUGACAGCCGCUACAUCAGAGCAGCAGGUCGCCCUGCAAUUGGCUUCCCCAUGAACUACACGCCUGUGCUGCCUGACCACAACGAAUUCCUGAAUGAGCAGGUCUUUCUUCAUGGGAUUGAGAUCUAUGCUCACCUCAUCCCGGCACUGGCCAGUGUCCCUCCUCUGCAAGCAGAAGCCUGAGAUCCUAGCAAAUGGCAGUGAUUUGGGGUGUGUGGUGGUGAUGGUGGGUAGGGGGAUUGGAGAGAAAAACCAAAGACAUUGAGGAGGACACUAUGAUCUUGUGUCCAAGGACUUAUGGUGCCUGAUCAUCUGUAUUUCGCCAAGAGGAAGUGGAAUUCCAGGAUCCCUGGAUGUCACACAAGGCCAAAGCAAACUGGCCAGCAUCAGUUAAUGCAACCAUAUGUAAAUGAGGGUCUUAUUGAUGUCAAUGACUUUUUCUCCGCUGCAUACUAAUGAACGUAGAGACUCUUCUUCUCAGAAAUCCAGAUGGAAAAUCACGUCUUUUUUUUACUAACAAUUCUCCAUUUGGAGAUAAAAGGAUAGUCUUCGUUGCUUCUAAAUCAGAAUCUCAAGACUGAUUUCUCACUACUAAAAUGCAAUUGAACAGGAAACUGUUACUGUCAUAUUAAUUGUCUUCCUGUUACUACCGUGCCAUUUUGCUGUGUGGUAAGAAAAACAACAUCAUUUACAUUGAUAAACCUAAGGAGAAAGGAAAAUAGAGAUGAAGACCCUGAAACUUGAGAGGUUGGGGUCAAGUGAGAGAGCUAUUUAGGCUGAUGGGGUUGUUGUGGAGUUAUUCUUCGUUCUUUUACUUUAUGUGGCUAAUACUACUACAGAAGACCAUCUCAACACUUACGUAGAAUUCUACCACGGAGAAAAUUUUUCCAACUCUGCUAUAAUACUGAGCAUUUUUCUUAGUUUUCCUAUUUAUAAAAGAUAAUCAGCUAUGACACUUAUUCUUUGCCCCAUGAGUUUUUUUAGAGGAAAAAAUGUUUUGAAAAUAAAUGAAAGGGAAUUUAGCAUAGCAACAGCACUUAGACUUAUACACUGAUUCACAGUACUUUAAGCCUCCUCUAAGCAGUACAGAGUCAGCAUAUUUUCCCCAACAGCAUGGGCCCUCAUAUUAUCCAUCCUGGAAGGAUGGAAGGCUGAUUCAACCUUGAGCCAGUGAGAAUUGAACUGCUGGCAGUCGGUGGAAUUCACCUGCAUUCUAAUCACUGCGUUACCACGGCUCUUUUUAUUAAAUAAAGUUUAAUUACAGUGAGAGACUCAGAUCUUGAAGGAGGAGUUAAGAAUUAAUACGACCUUCUUAGGAAUUUUCCUCCCUAUUCUACUACCUUAUCCUACAGGAAAAUGGGGAUGUCUCUGAAUUUUUCUCCUUGAGGAUUCACUGGCAAUACAGCUGACUGCCUUAAUUAUCUACUGCACCUGUAUUUCAGCUAAUUAUAAAUGAAUGUCAUUUGGAUUCCCUGAAUGCCAAACUUCUAGGGAUGAAAUGGAGAAUAUCCCACCAAUAGUAUGGAUGACUUUUCUCCUAAGAAUUCCUUGGGGGUGGCACCAUAUCAGAAUGGUGCAUCCUUUCCUUUUCUUUUCUAAAUUGGAAUUCUGCUUCAGUAUUAAGGACAGUAAGUAAAGGUACUGUAUGUGGCUUAAGAUAAGGAGAAACUUUCAGUCACAUUUCCUUGAAUACGAUACCAUUCUCUUAAGAAUUCGUUAACAUGCACCUGCCUCUUGAUUAUUAGCUUUUUUCCCCUCCACUCACAGCAUUAGCAAAAGCCAAACCAUCCCAUGAAAGGGGUAUUUUUCCCAGUUUUAUAUAAGAUAAUUGUUUCUGACUGGAAAGUGAGAGAAGUUCUCCAGAUAUCACAUUGACAUGUUUUAUCUCAGGUUCUCUUCAUCCAACUUGUCAUUUGUAACAAAACCUGAAUUUCUUCCAGAAGGCUUAUUUUUCAUACACGGUUGUAAUGCAAGAUCAUCCCACUGUAUAUGCACUGUCAGGUACACUUUCUAUUUUAAAUAUUGGGUAACAUCCGUUAGAAACUUCACUCAUACUUUCUAACGUCAUAGAGCAACACCUACUUAGGGGAUAUAGACAUUUCCCCCUUUAAUAGUAGUCUAUUAACCACAGGUGAUUUUUAAUAUGAAAAGCACAGAUAACAACACUGUGAUUUGUCUUAUUAUGCAUACAAUAAUAAUCUGUGAAAUUUACUGUGAAAUUAUAAAUGCUUUGUAAAGUC